UUUGAAGUUUCUUGGGCGCCCGGCGAGCAGCGGGACAGAGCAUAGCGAGCCGCCGCCCGGCCCGCGCGGAUGGAGCCCGCGGAGCCCGCGCGGCGCGGGCAGUGAGUGGCGCGGCGGCGGGACUCAGUGCACCUGGUGCCAUGGAGGAGGAGGGCAUGAAGGAGGGUGGCGGAAAGCCUCAGGGAGCAUGGACGGCGGAUAAGUCUGGCUGGAUCAAGAAGGGCAGCGGGGGCCUCCUAGGCCACUGGAAAGAUCGAUACCUGCUUCUCCGUCACGCCCAGCUGCUGAUCUAUGAGAAUGAGGAUGAGCAGAAGUGCGUGGAGACAGUAGAACUCGGCAGCUAUGAGAAGUGCCAGGACCUCCGAGCGCUCCUCAAGCGCAAGCACCGCUUUAUCCUGCUGCGGUCCCCGGGAAACAAGGUCAGUGACCUCAAAUUCCAGGCACCCAGCGGGGAGGAGAAGGAGUCCUGGAUCAAAGCCCUCAAUGAAGGGAUCAACCGAGGCAAGAACAAGGCUUUUGACGAGGUGAAGGUGGACAAGACCUGUGCCCUGGAGCACAUAACUCGGGACCGGGUGCACGGGGGCCAGCGACGGCGGCCGCCCACCAGGAUCCACCUGAAAGAGGUUGCCAAGGCGGCUUCCGACGGGCUUGUGCGCCUGGACUUCGAUGUGCCAGACAGUGGCCCACCUGUGCUCAUGCCCAGCAGUGCCGUCAGUGUGGCCCAGCCCCAGCCCCAGGAGGCACUCAGGCCUCCUGCCAAACCUUCCGCAGUCCCUGAGACCACUAGCCUCGGUGACACCGUGGAGCCCCCUGCAGGAGACAGGGUCCCAGCCCCUGUCUCCGCAAGCGCUGAGGCCCAGCCUGAGAGCCCCUCAGACUCUGAGAAGCCAACAGAGGAGGACAAUGGGUCCAAGGAGCCCCCCAACAGCACCUUACUUGACAAAGUGAAGGUGGGCUGGGAGACCCCCGGCCCUGAAGAUACUGCAGUUCCUGAGGAGCUCCCUGCUCCUGAGAAGGCUCCCACUCCCGAGAAGCCCCCCAUUCCUGAGAAGCCCCCCACUUCUGAAGAGCCCCCUGCUUCCCACAGUAUGGAACUGAGCCCUGGGCCCUCUUUGAAGACUUCAGAGACUUCCCGCCGGGAGGGUCGGAAGCCUCCUGCACCCCCGCCCAAGGUCUUAUCAGAGAAAAUGAAGGCCUGCCUGAACCGUGGAGAGGCUUCUGGGUCCUCCGCCCCCAGCCCUACGCCGGUCUCCAUGAAUGGUGUGGAUGAUGGGCCCGAGCCUGUCAAGGCCUCCCCAGAUGAGGGCAUCCCAGGAACUACCCCAGAGGAGGUGGCAGGGUCCCUGGCACAGCCCUCGCAGGACUCGUCACCUCAGUUCUACUCCCGCUGUUCCUCCCUGGGGGACCUGCUUAAAGAUGGCUCACAGUGUCCCCAGCUGCCUGGGGAGAGGCUGUACCGAGCCCAGCUGGAGGUACGGAUGGCCUCCAAGCAGACGGAGAGACUGCUGGGCAAGGUCCUGGGCAGCCAGCCACCCCCUGCACACACCGAGACCCUGCUCAGCCAGGCCGUGGAGCAGCUGAGGCAGGCCACACAGGUCCUGCAGGAAAUGAGGGAUUCGGAUUCCAGAGAGCCUGGCCAGGAGGCCCCUGGCUUCAAGAAGAAGCAGAAGGAUCUGGUGACCCUGUACCGGAGAAGCAUGCCCUAGGCUGCGAGGCCCAGCCCCUCAGGCUCUAGAAGGGCGUCAUGUGUCAGGGUUUGGCUGGGACUGGAGCAGACCCCCUUGUCCCUGCUGGCGUGCUCUGCUCAGUGUCAGGUACAUCCAGGGUUGCUGUGUGGCUCUGUGGCCUGGCCAUGCCCCAGGCUCAGCCCAUAUGCCUAGGAGUUGUUCCACCACCCCCAGGCUCUGGCUGUGAGCAAGGGGGUCUGGGGAGGGCAUUGUCUGCUCCCCACCCCUGGUGGUUUACAUUCCUGACCUGGGAAGAGCACAGCUGAGCCUCUGUGACCUGGUUUCCAGAUACCCCUGGCCAUCCUUGCCUCCCACCUCCGGUGACUUGGCCGGGCCUUCCGAGCAGGUGGGAACCCUCCGGUAAGGAAGCUGCUGGCUGCUGGGCCUGCUUCCUGGGGCCCCAGCCCCUUGGGGCUGUGAUUAGAGGCCCGGGUCUGGGGGAUUUGUGGAGAAGAGGAACCCAGGGAUCUCUAGUCCCAUCCUAGACCAGCCUGUGUCCAGCCUUGCAAACCCUGGAAGUGGCCCAGCGUCCCCAUAUGGACAGCUGUGUGGAAGAGGCUUCAGGACGCCCUUCCCCGUGCUUCCCUAUGAAGAUCUAGUGGAUCUCUUGGUUCCUCUUGGCUCAGACAGCUCUAGUGUCCCCGUCAUUUCCUCAUGCGUUGUCCUAAGGCCACCUUAGGCCCCGGCCCCUCGUGGGCUGCCUGUCCUCACUUCCCAUGACGAGGAGCCUUUCCUCCCGUUCCACUCCUUUCCCAGCCCUGACUCUGGGUUGAGGUGGAGCCCACUAGGGUCGCCCCGAGGUCUGCGCAUGUGCACUUUCGUUUACUGGAGAAGGGGUCCCUGCAGCAUGGUCUGGCCUUUCUGCCACUGGUUGUGCCCACUGAGCCCUGCCAGCACAGGCCACUACCGACCUUGCUGCACUGUCACUGUGCUGGGGCAGGGGAGGGGUCAUGGGCAAGGGAAGGGGGCAGAGGUGAGCCACACUGCUGGGCCGCGGUCCUCGCGUCCCCCAUCUGUUCCCUAUGAGAGAAAGAGCGAGCGUCACCAGUUACUGCCUGUCAUGCAGCCCCUGUGGUCACAGGCCCCUUUCUCCACCAGCAGCCAAGUCCUGUGUGACCAGGAACUGGAGCCUUGGUGUCCUUUGUCAAGUGGUGGCCAGGUGGGCCUAGAGGGUGAGAGGGGCUGCCCUUCGCCUCCUUGGGGAGGAGGCAUUCAGUGUCUUUUGCUUAUGAAAAGCCUUUCUUGAAGUUUGGCAAUAAAUCCCUUUUUACAAACUC